AUGUUAUUGACUCGCUGCCCCGCCAAUAAAAAACGUGAAGGAGGCCAGCUGCUGCAAGUACUCCAAGCCACUGCGCCGGCCUCUAGCACCCCCAGACCGUGGAAGCUGUGGCUUUCAGGCGGCUGGGUUCGAGACAAGCAUUUCGGGGCCGAACGACUACAUGACUUUGACGUGGUAGCGUACCCUAGCGAUGUGGAUGAGAUAGCCGCAAGUAUUGAACAGGCGUUUAAGUCCCUAUAUCCCAACGCGGCUCCUGUUAAGACGCGCGUCCUGAACGCCAGUGCAGUGAAAGCGCGGCGCCAAAAAAUCAUCACCAUGACCAUCAAGCACCUUGACUGUAGAAUUGACCUUGUUGCCUUGAAGUCUGACGCCUUAAAAUCUGCCAAUAGCCAUGGUGGUGUUGGAGAGAUGACAGAUGAGGUGACGGAGAUCGCUGAGUUACUUCGAGCCGACGCCCGGAGACGCGAUUUGACCAUCAAUGCAUUGUAUUACGACCCUUUCGAUGACUGUAUUAUUGACCCGUUGGGACUGGGUGUGGAGGAUUUGAAGAAUGGAUGGAUUAGAUUGAUCGAUGGCAGUCAGACGUUGAUGGACGACCCCGUUCGUGUCAUCCGGAUAUCGAGGUUUCUAUCGUUGUAUCCGAAUCAGCUCCGUCUGCACCCGGAAACUUGGCUAGUGGUUCAGGAACAUAAAUCGCGAUUGCUGGGACAACUACUUCACACCGUCGCGGAAGAUCGCUUACGGUCUGAAUUUUGCAGACUUCUCGACCUGCCGAACAGACAAAGGGGACUCCAAUUCCUCGUCCAGAAUUUCUUGACCCUAAUUACAGAAAGAGUGAUACAUCUAUUUGAUGGUGCCUCCUCAAAGGAAUGGGCCAGACGGACAGUACUAGAAGCUGUUAUUCGAGACCAGCCAUCCUGUUUAUCGUCUGCUGACGACCCGUCUCUUGACCACACUCACCAACAAUAA